AUGGCGACCGCUGUCAGCAUGAUGUCAGACGACGAAAUCAAUGCAGCGCGAGAGACUGAAGAGGACAAGGAGGCGGGGUUUGGGGCUCUGGCAUCUGAGAGAGGCAUGUUUCCAUUGCGCUCUGUCAAGGUGUUUGCCAAGCUCACAGGACUCUGCAGCCACGUCACACUGGACCAGACCUUCCUGAACGCCUUUGACACUCCCCUGGAGGCGACCUACAUUUUCCCGCUCCCUCCGCAAGCGGCGGUGACGUCAUUCCGGCUGGAGGUUAAGAACCGGGUUGUGGAGGGAGUUAUUAAAGAGAGGGGGGAGGCAAGGCAAGAGUACAGUCAGGCGGUGCAGACUGGCCAUAGGGCGGCAAUAGCCGAAGAGGAGCGGCAAGGGGUCUUCUCCAUCCGUGUCGGCAACAUCGGCUCCGGCGAGAUCGCUUCCGUUCGUCUCACAAUGGCUGCGCCCCUCCCCUUUGCCGACGGCGAAGCGACAUUCCGUUUUCCGCUCCUAGUGGCCCCACGCUACAUUCCGGGGGUCGGACUCAGCGGAAUGGACGUUGGUGGGGGGGUCGGGAAGGACACAAACGAGACCCCCGACGCGUCGAGGAUCACCCCCCCGCAGCGUGUGACACUGCCAGGCUUUCCGGACCCGAUUCAUCUGGGCAUUGAGGUCGAAUUUGACGUCACCUCGCUGCCGGUCUCCAACGUCCGCUGCAGCCUGCACACCGUCGAAGUUUCCGACGUCUCCCAAACCGCCACGUCACCCACUCUCGCCAUCCGACGGCUCAGAUUGGAUCCCACCGGGGACUGCCGCCUGAACCGAGACUUCAUUCUGCGCUUCAACGUGGUUGACAACAGCGCUCUUGAGAAAGUGACGGCAUCGCUUAUGAUGUCUGACGAUGCGGAUGACGAAUCAGAGGAGGGCACGUGGCACCUGACGCUGGUCGCGCCGCAGGGGGCCGGAAACGCUGGAGGAAAGACCCCCCGAGACGUCGUCUUUGUCGUAGACCGGUCCGGAUCGAUGGCGGGGUGGAAGAUGCUGGCUGCUCGCGAUGCGAUCGCGAAAAUGGUCAAUAGAUUGUCGGAUGAGGACAACUUCACGGUUCUCGCCUUCGACAACAGCAUCGAGAGCCCCCUCUUCACCACGGGAACGCCUUCGAGCGAUCAGUGGGGUUCCUCGUCUUUCCCUCAAAGGAGCGCCUUCGGUCAACCGGCCUCUACAAGUGCAUUCGGCCAAACAAGCAUCUUCGGCAAAAGUCCCUGUUUGAAUGCAUUUGGCGGAACCACCCAAACGAGGGCCUUCGAUCAACUGGCUCCUACAGCAGCAACCAGCGGACCGCCCCAAACCAGCCCCUUCGGAAAGACCCCUUCUGCGACCACUUUUGGCGGACCCCCCCAAACAGGCCUCGUUGGCCAGCCCCCCUCUACAACGACGUUCGGCGCACCCCCCCAAACCGGCCUCUUCGGCCAGCCCCCCUCUACAACGACGUUCGGCGCACCCCCCCAUACCAGCAUCUUCGGUCAACCGCUCCCUCCGACAGCCACCCUCCAGACUAGCCUCUUUGCUCACACCCCCUCUACGAAGGCGUUCGGUGCACCCCCCCACUGUGGCCUCUUCGGUCAGACGAGCGCCACCCCCCCACAAACAAGCCUUUUCGGCGGGACCCCCUUCACGAACGCCCCCAUAACCCACCCCCCGCUAAGUCUGUUAAGUCAACUGGUGGUUCAUUCUCCCCCGACAAACCCAGGUUCAAACGCCGCGAAUUUAGUACCCGCCAGUCAAAACAACCGCCAGAGAGCGGCGACCUUUCUUUCCAACUUGACCGCAAGGGGGGGCACCGAGAUGGCCGCGCCGCUGCUCGCGGCCGCGGACGCGCUCCGGGGUUUGGGAGUUUCGGCCGCGCCGGCGGAGGAUUCCGGCGGAUUUUGGCCGGCGCGCGGGGUGGAGGACGCGCCGGUUAGGGACCGGAUUAUGGUGCUGGUUACGGACGGUCAGGUCGGGAACGAGGACUGGAUCCUGGGACAGCUGGCGCCGAAGCUGCAGGGCGUCCGCAUCUUUACCCUGGGCAUCGACCAGUCCGUCAACGAGGCCUUCCUCCGUCGCCUCGCCGCCCUUUCCCCGGGGGGCGCUUGCGAGCUCGUCGAAAGCCAGGGCCGCCUCCGAUAUGCUAUGGACCGCAUCCACCGGCUUAUAUGCGCGCCCCUUCUCACGGACGUCCAAAUCGACGGACCGCGCGGCCGCGGCGUCGAGCCGCUCGCGCACACUGUGACACCGAGUAGCUUGCCGGGGCUUUUCCCCGGGGUACCGGUCGUGGUUAGUGGACGGUACAGGAAGAGGGGUUACGGGGGUUCGGAGAUGGAAACCAGAAUUAACGGCGAAGAGGGGCAAACCGGGCAGGUUAGCAAGGGAAGCGGGCAGGUUAGUGGUUCGGUCGACCAAACCGAGGGGGAAACCGGGCAGGUUAACGGCGAAGUCGACUGUUCAGAGAGCGAAACCGGGCAGGUUAGCCGGGGAAGCGGGCAGAUUAGCGGUAAACCCGAGAACACGGGGGAAGAGACUGGGCCUGUGGAGGAGUCGAUUUACGUAACGGUAACCGGAAAGACAGCGGCCGGGGAAAACGGAACGGAGAUUGUGCUUGCGCAACAAACCCUAAACCCCGCCCUGCGUGCACUGUGGGCGCGCGCGCGGAUCUGCGACCUGGACGAUCAGUUUGCCGUCGCGGCCGCGCCGCGCGCGUCCCAAACCCCAAAUCCCGACGAGCUGCGCGCGCGCAUCCUGGAAACGUCGCUGCGCUUCCAGGUCCUGAGCCGCUUCACGGCUUUCGUGGCCGUCGAUCGGGCGGAGAAAGUCGACGGGGCGCUGACACGUGUCACGCAGCCGGUGGACGCACCGGCCGGGUGGAACUUCGUCAGUCUUAGCCCGAGCUUUUCCCCUCCCCCAGCUAGUUACGGCCCUCCCUCCGCAGGCCUUUUUGGCGCCAGCCAAACCCCCCAAGGCGCUCCGUUUGGUACUUUUUCCGGUCCCUGUUUCGGCCACCCGUCUCCAAUCUUUGGUGGCAACCAUUCUUCCGGGUUUGGAGCCUCGGUUACCGCUUCGCGCGAAGCGUCAACCGGGUUUUCUAACCCAAGUGCGUUCGGCCCAGCUCGGAAGUCGACCUGGGGCGCAGACUCGGGGGAGCAAAAUAGCCCCUUCGGUCAGAAAACCAGCGGAACGUUUGGACAGGGGACCGGAUCAGCCUUUGGUCCAACCCCAGCCUUCGGCGGGGGGGGGGCACUCUUUGGCUCCACUGCUGCCGCUACUUGGUCGGGGUCAGCCUUCGGAUCUCCGUCUCCGACUUUCGGUUCAGGGACAGUGACGUCAGGCUUCGGUUCAACGACUGCCAUUUCCGGUUCGGCCCGGGGGUCAUUCUUUGGUGCAACAACACCCGCUUUUGGGUGGGGGAACUCGCACUUUGGUUCAACGGCUGCCAGUUCCGGUUCGGGGAGGUCAUUCUUCGCUGCAACGGCGACAGGAUCUGUCUUCGGCCCACCGGCAACAACCCCCACUUCUUCAGCCUUUGGCUCGUCAGCUCCCACUCCCAAUUUCGGUGCCCCCUCCUCCGCACCUUUCGGAAACCCCAAACUUAGCGGAUCCCCCUUUGGCGAACCCUCGCCUUUCACCGUUCUUGGAAACGCGCCUCUCCCCGUUCAAACGUCCGGUUCCGCUUCCGUCCCGGCCUUUGGAUCGUCCCCCUUCGGUUCCCCAGCCCCGGGCACUCACAGCGCUUCGACCGGGCAAACCUCCGGCGCCUCACCGACCGGGCCAAACAUCUUUGGGGCGUCUACCGGGGACGAUUCGGGGGGAUCCCCUUUUGGGGGCGGUUUCGGCUUCGGGGGCGGUUCGGGGGGAUCCCUCUUUGAGGGCGCUCCACUUCCAAGCGAAGAUACAGAGAGCUUUUCUUUCGAGGAGUUACGCGCGGCGGCUUUGGCCGUUAAGUCCGGGGGUUCAGAGGUUGGCGGGGGUUCUGCCGCGGCCGCGGCUUCGGCGCCGCAGGGUUUUGAGGCGCCGGUCGGAACCCUGGCCGACACGGUUGCGGUCUGCCUGCGGACGGUACGUACCCUCGGUACGGGCGGACUUAGCGCAGCUAUGGUGGAGACAGUCUAUGAGGAGCUUGUCACUCAUUUGAAGGAGCUCGUGAGUCGGCUGGAUCCUGGGGAUCAGAAAAGGGUUCUGAGCGGCGCUCUGUGUAAAGUGGAGGCUUCGGGGCCGGAGAGCAAAGUGGACGAGUUUGUCCUCGCGACCCUGGAGUAUGUUCUGAAGCGGAUCUAG